CUUAACAGGAGAGACAUGAGUGUCCGGACGGAUGACAGCAUCACCUUGUGCCAAAGGGCUCUCCAGAUCAUUACGGAACUUUGUCUCACGGGACACGUAGACCAGGAGAAAUGUUCGGAUAUAUUCCCCCUGGAGAGCAACAUACCAGGUAAAGGACACGCAGACAUCUCUAUAAGUCUCCUUGCUGUGGUCGUGGGUUUCUGUGGCCUCGCCCUGUUGGUAGUCUCUCUCUUUGUCUUUUGGAAGCUGUGCUGGCCCAUUUGGAGGAGCAAGGCUCUGUCGGCCCAUGUCGAAAAUGGCCUCAACGUUGGUUUCCCCGAGGCGCCUCCGCUCGGCUCCCCGCCGGUCACCGAGUGCAAAGCGCCGGAGAUGGAGAAGAAGUAUCCGCUGGAAGUGAGGGCGAACGGGCGGAGCACUGUCAAGCUCCUAGAGGCGGCCAUGAAGAUCAGCCAGACGUCUCCGGACAUCCCCGCCGAGGUGCAGACGGCCCUGAGGGAGAAGCUCACCCAGCAGGCUAAGAUCCAGAGGCAGACCACGGAGCCCACCUCGUCCUCCAGGCACAAUUCAUUCCGGCGCCACCUGCCUCGUCAGAUGAAUGUCACCAGCGUCGACUUCAGCAUGGACGCGGUGCCUCUCCGGCAGUCGUCUACAGUGAGCAUUGGAAGAAUAAAACCCGAACUCUACAAGCAGAAAUCUGUGGACUCAGAGGACGGGGCCAAAGAGCCCGUGGAGACUUGCGGAAAGCUCAGCUUCUCCCUGUGUUACGACUACGAGGAGCAAGCUCUGGUGGUGAGAAUCCUUAAGGCCUUGGACCUUCCCGCCAAAGACUUCACGGGCACCUCCGACCCGUACGUGAAGAUCUACCUGCUGCCGGAGAGGAAGAAGAAGUACCAGACGCGAGUCCACCGCAAGAAUCUGAACCCCAUGUUUGACGAAACCUUCUGUUUCCCCGUGGUGUACGAUGAGAUUUGCAACCGCAAGCUGCACUUCAGCGUCUACGACUUCGACCGCUUCACCAGCCACGAUAUGAUUGGCGAGGUGGUGGUGGACAACCUUUUUGAACUCUCAGAUCUUUCCAGGGAGGCUGUGGUGUGGAAGGAUAUUCAUGCAGCGACUACAGAGAGUGUUGACCUGGGAGAGAUCAUGUACUCGCUGUGCUACCUCCCCACAGCAGGGAGAAUGACCCUCACAGUCAUCAAAUGCAGAAACCUCAAAGCCAUGGACAUCACAGGCUCUUCAGACCCUUACGUGAAGGUUUACCUGAUAUGUGACGGACGGAGGUUAAAGAAGCGAAAAACAACCACCAAGAAGAGCACGCUCAACCCAGUGUACAACGAGGCCAUCAUUUUUGACAUUCCCCCGGAGAACGUUGAACAAGUCAGCCUGUCCAUCAUGGUGAUGGAUUAUGAUCGAGUUGGACACAAUGAGGUGAUCGGCGUGUGUCGCACCGGGCCAGAUGCCGAGGGUCUUGGACGAGAUCACUGGAACGAAAUGUUGGCUUACCCGCGAAAGCCCAUCACUCACUGGCACGCUCUGGGAGAGUCGCCUGGAAGAGCAGCAAGCUUUGAGAGUCAAGGUUCGUGUCCUUCGCCCAAACCACCGCUGACGCCCUGA